GAAUCCUCAAAACGAGUUUGUUAUUCCGACGUUCUGCGUUCACGGUCAGUCGUAUGUUAGUGAAGAUCUACUAAACGUGUGAAAAAUGGUUAAAGUUAAUAUACCAACAACAAAGCUAAACAAUGGUAUAGAAAUGCCUGUUCUGGGCUUGGGCACUUGGUUGGGAAUUGACGAAAAGUUACAAUUUCUUAGUUCUGAUGUACCGAAGCUUAUCGAGGCAUUAUCCUAUGCCAUAGACAUUGGAUACAAAUAUCUAGAUACGGCUCAUUUGUACCGCGUCGAGCCUGAAAUAGGAGAGGUGGUGAAUAAAAAGAUAAAGGAAGGUGUGAUCAAGAGGGAAGAUGUAUUUAUCACUACGAAGGUCUGGCAACAUAAUCACAGAGAGGCUGAUGCGAUCCAAUCAGUGAAAGACAGCCUUCGUCGCCUUAAUUUGGACUACGUAGACCAAGUCCUCAUGCACUGGCCAAUGUCUAUUUCGCCGGACGGGAUCGACGAAAAAAUCGACUACUUGGAAACUUGGAAAGGCCUCGAAAAAGUUUUGGACAUGGGCUUGGCAAAGUCUAUAGGCGUAUCGAAUUUUAAUGUCGAACAGCUGAAGAGAUUGCUUGCUAACUGCAAAGUGCCGCCGGUAGUCAACCAAGUUGAAAUUAACUUAAACCUGGGGCAGAAAGAACUGGUUGAUUACUGCCAAUCGCAAAAAAUAGUGGUCGUGGCGUAUUCCCCAUUUGGAACAAUGAUGCCAUCCAGACAACCCCCUGACAGUCCAGAACCAAAGCUGAAUAACCCCUUGAUGCUGGCAAUAGCUAAUAAACACGGGAAAACUGUUACACAGAUCACGUUGAGAUAUUUGUAUCAAAGAAACAUAGUGAGCAUCCCAAAGACUGUCACAAAAUCUCGGUUGUUGGAAAACGCAUCUAUAUUCGACUUCAACCUGGACGAAAAUGAUGUACAAACGAUUGCAAAAUUUGACGUCGAGUACCGCACGGUUGUGCCUGUAUUUUGGCAGAAUCAUCAAAACUAUCCUUUCCCAGAGGAAAGACAACCAUAUAAAGAAGAUAUUCCUCUUUGCUUAAGAAUAUGGAAAAAUGGUGCUAAUGCCGACAUUGAUUAAUUUAUUUAAUAAAACUAUGUAUUAUUGUCUAUCUUAAUAAUGAUUGGUUUUGCGUGCUUUGGAUCCGGUAGCAUAUCAGAUAUGAUUAUAGUUCAUCAGGUUGCAACUAGUGCAAUUCUAAUACAAUAAUCCCAGCCUUUAAAAAAACGAAUUACCAAGAAAAGUAGGUUAUUAAUAAGUUUCAGUCAAAUAUUUCACAAUAACAAACCUCAAAAUCCCAUUAAAAAUGUAGCUUGAACAACAACAACAGAAAAAUAAUGACGAGUUAAUAUUUUAACACUCUCAAAAUGAAUUGGUUAUUUUUAGUUAUCAUUCAAAUCAUUAGUAUGAUAAUCAAAUUUCAAAAUACCGCCAGGGAAAUAUUUUAUUGAACAUCCAUUUUCGAUUUAUGAAGUUUUACACUCUUUCCCGCAUAC